CAUUCUCUGUUCAAAGCUCAUAAUUAAUAAACUCCGAUUAAAAAUGGAUCAAGCGGAGCUUGCCCGGAUAUUCCAAAUGUUCGACAGGAACGGUGACGGCAAAAUCACGAAGCAAGAGCUGAAUGAUUCAUUGGAGAAUCUAGGAAUCUACAUUCCAGACAAAGACUUGGUGCAGAUGAUCGAGAAGAUUGAUCUCAACGGUGAUGGCUACGUGGACAUCGAAGAGUUUGGAGGGUUGUACCAGACGAUAAUGGAGGAAAGAGACGAGGAGGAAGACAUGAGAGAGGCUUUCAACGUGUUUGAUCAGAACCGGGACGGGUUCAUCACGGUGGAAGAGCUAAGAUCUGUGUUAGCUUCCUUGGGGCUCAAGCAAGGAAGAACCCUAGAGGAUUGCAAGAGGAUGAUAAGCAAAGUCGACGUUGAUGGAGAUGGCAUGGUGAAUUUCAAGGAGUUUAAACAAAUGAUGAAAGGUGGUGGAUUUGCCGCCUUAGGAUCAAACUUGUAAAAAGGAAAACUCAUUUUUCGGGUUCGGGUUUGAGACCCAAAAUCAUUGGUUUUUUCCCUUCGGAAUGAUUAUUAGGGCAAAACCACGAAAGCGAUUAAUGUAUUUGCAAAAGAAAAAGCUCAACAAACUUUGUGAGCUUUG